AUGAAGGCAUCUAAUAUCAUUCAAGCCUCGAUGGCUUUGGCUUUUCAAGCGCAGACUUCCAUGACCGCGGCAGUGACUACUUCCGUAGCAGCCAAUGCUCUUCUAGUCGGAGGAUGCGCUGGAGUUGCUCCGGAAUAUCAAUUACAAUGUCACAAAGAUCAAUGCCCUCAACCAACAAAUGGACCACUCGGGUCCUCUUGUGCCUCUUAUCCUCCUGCAAAUCAGCUCGAAUGCUACAAGUCAAAAUGUCCCGAGCUAGCUACUCGAGUCACAACUAGUCAACCUGUUACUCAACAAACUUCGCCGCCUCUCAUUGGUGGAUGUCAUGGGGUGGCACCUCAAUAUCAACUACAGUGCUAUAAGGAAAAUUGUCACGAACCUGCUGGUCCUCCUGGAUCAUCAUGUGCUUCUUACCCACCAGAUUAUCAGCUAGCAUGUUACAAAUCAAAAUGCGAUCCAAAGCCUGAAACGACAACCACCGUUGAGAUAGCACUUCAAUCUCCCGUGGGUGCCAGUGCAGGAAGCGAUUGUGCUGGAGUAGCGCCAGAAUAUGAGUUAGAAUGCUUUUACCACAAUUGCCCUAUGCCUGGACCUCCAGGAUUCUCAUGCGCCUCAUUGCCUCCACAAUAUCAAAUUGAUUGUUACAAAAAGCGCUGCCAUGAAGUUUACACUCCUCUUGCAUCAGAACCGGCUCUACAAACGCCGAAUUCCGUUCCAGAAACUCCCAGCCCUGCUCAACAAACACCUAAUGCUGCUCAGCAGAGUCCUGGGUUAGAUAGAGGCUGUAUCAACGUAGCCCCCGAAAAUCAGCUCGAAUGUUACCGUAAUAAUUGUUUAAUGUCGGGUCCUAUCGGUUAUUCGUGCGGUACUUUACCACUGGACUAUCAACUACAAUGCUAUAAAGCACAUUGCGAUGGCCAUAACUCUCUUGGCGCCGAACUUCCUGUACUUCAAACUCUAGAGGGUGCAUGUGCAACCUCAGCCCCAGAAAAUCAGGAAGAAUGCUUCCAAAAAGAAUGUUUUAAAUUAUUCUGUGCUUCACUCCCAGUGCAGUAUCAACUUCAAUGUUAUAGACAACAUUGUAGCGUCCCGGAUAUAUCUGAGUUAAUCAACGGAUUUGGAAAUACUUUGGGUGGAAUAUUAGAUGGUUCUAGUGCGUCAGUAAUUUCGGAUGAUGAUGGUUCGAGUGCUUCUGGUAGCUCGGAUGAUGAUGGGGCCAAUGGUCAAGAUAGCAAGGGAAAAUCAUUUCCAGAUGUUUAA